ACAGCGUAGCCAAGGGCUGUGAGUAGAGUCGAGAAGAGGAUUUUUCAAUGCACUUUGACUAGCUAGCUAAAUAACACUGCUUACGUGUAACCUGUGCCGUUAUAUCAUAUAAUUAAAAUAUGAUUUGGAGUGCAAGGUAGCUGAUUGGUUCGUAUCCAACAACGGUACCAAGCAAAAUAAAUGAGCUAGCGUUAGAUAAGGGGUAGCAGACUAGUUAGACAAGCUAGCUAACUGCAGCUAAAGCGUAUAGCAAACUAACAUAGCCAGUGUUUGUUAGCUUGCAGCAUAUAAUCAAGCCUAGUCAUCCACUGCCACCACUACAAUACAUAAGGUUGGUAACUUGUGUUAGGUAAAUAAUAUUUCGAGACCUUUGAGAAGCUAGAUUCUACCUUAGCUAAUAGCUAACGUUAGCAAACUAAUAGCAAAUGUUAGCACGCUUUCUGACAGGCAAUAUCUAGCGAACCAUAUGGUGAGACUGAAAGCAGGGUAUUCGCCUCAGUCGCUCGUCAGUUGUGGUCGCGCCUGUACUGUCGUCGGCAGCUUGCCACGGUACGGAAUGUAACUAGUCCAACGUUGUAGCGGUGCAGUUGCUGUCUGUUGAUGGUACAGGGAUAACGUUUCAAGAUUUGUCGAGAGAGAUGGCUUGCUUGUUGACAACCCACGCCAGGCUAACGUUACCCCACACGUGCCAGGUUGUGAUCACAGUCUAAAAUGCCCCGGACAAAACCUCCUCGUCGCCACCACAUCAUAGCACGAUUCAACCCGUGUUGAAAAGAAGGCCACCCCUCCCCCUAUGGAUGUGUGCAGUAAGAACCCCAAUCGUACGGCCCCGGUAAGCGAGGGUGGCCCUCGGCGAGCCGACCUGCCCCUGUGCUCCCGCACCAACGGCUGGAGCUGGCCUCCGCACCCCUUUCAGCUCCUGGCCUGGAUUCUCUAUCUAUACUUCGCUGUCACCGGCUUCGGAGUGUUCGUCCCUCUCCUACCUUCCCAUUGGAUACCAGCGGGCUAUAUUUGCACAGGCGUCAUGUUUGUGUGUCACCUGUUUGUCCACCUGAUGGCGGUUUCCAUCGACCCCGCCGACUACAACGUGCGGGCCAAGAGCUACAAGGGCCCUGUGCCCGUCUUCGACCGGACCAAACACGCCCACGUCAUCGAGAACUGCCAUUGCUACCUCUGCGAAGUGGACGUGGGCCCCAAAUCGAAGCACUGCAGUGCCUGUAACAAGUGCGUGGCCAGCUUUGACCACCACUGCAGGUGGCUAAACAACUGUGUGGGUAGCAGGAACUAUUGGCUUUUCCUCAACAGUGUCAUCUCCGCCCUGCUGGGGAUAUUCCUGGUGGUGGUCAUAGCCAGCUACGUAUUUAUUGAAUUCUUCUUGGAUCCUUCCAAGCUGCGCACUGACAAACACUUUCAAGUGAAGAACGAGACGGUGGUGUGGUUCGUGUUCCUUCCUGUGGCGCCGGUUUCCACGGCGGGAGCGGCCAUUCCUGCCAUGGCCGGCAUCACCGUGGCGAUGGGCCUGCUCUGCGCCCUGUUACUGGGCCAUCUGCUCUGCUUCCACAUCUACCUCAUGUGGAACAGGCUGAGCACCUUUGAGUACAUCGUCAGGCAGCGCCAUCGACAGGAAGCCAGAGACACCAGGAAAGAUACGGAGGCUGGCCCCCCCAAACUCAACCUAAUCAAGGAAGUAAGCUAUUCAGGGACAUUGGGCUAUACCAACCCUGAGGUGGAGGACCCUACCAUUAUGGGAGCCAGAGGGGGUCCAGAGUUCUAUGGCAACGGGAGGGUGAGGAGUUCGUCCAGCAGGGCGGCUGAAGAGGAGGCUCUGCCCAGUGUGUCUGCAGAGAGCACGGCAGCACAGAGGCCUCACAAACGCACGCAGAAGAAGAAGAAGAAGGUUCACAAGGUGCCGGCAGAGGUGAUCAAUGACCGCUCCACUGAGACCAGGGGGCCAGCCUUCAACACUACAGAGCCUGAGCCCAGCAGUGUAACAGCUAUUCCCACGGCCGUGUCCCUGAACCAGAGGCUCCCCUUCCCAGCCUUCCCCCUGCGGGCCUCCCUGCCCCCCCUGGCCCCCGGCCUCCCCGUCCAGGCCGCCGGACCCCCUGCUGAGUACCACUCUGACUCCGCAGAGUCGCUGGACGAGAUCCCCGUGGCGCUGGCUCGGCUGGGCACUUCCUCCGUGGCGGCGGGGGCGGCGUCCUCGGGAGGCAAGGACUUCCCCUCCACGGCUGCCUCGUCCUCGCAGCGAGCCCUGCCCUUCCCCGCCAUGAGCAGGCUCCUCCCCCUGCCCUCGCCGCAGCCCCGGGCCAGGAGGAAGCCCUCAGCCGUGCGGGGAGGCAGGGGGGCGGAGCCGAGGUUUGAGAUGACGGCCGCCCACGCCCCCAGCGUGUUUGUCAGCCGGAGCAGCGGAGAGCCUCUGGAACCCCUGGGCAACAGCACAGGCCUGGGGGGAAGACGGGCCUGGGCCCCCCGUCGAGCCCUGGAGCAGCCGGGCUCCAGGACAGGCACUUCGAUGACCUAGACCAACCCCAGGACGGAGCACCGCUCCCUGGGCACUGGUGGGUCACGGCAGGGCCCUGGGAGGGUUGGGUGUCUGGCUGGUUUGGAUGCAAGGCCUACGGGAGCAGAGACCAUCUCUUGGAGUAGCAUUGAGUCUUGACACAACCUAUGCAAACACCGCAGAAGAGAAGCCACUGUCUGGACAGUGUGUGUGGGAGUAAAUCUUCCCCAGUUACCACUUAUUAACUUUUAUAACCACCAUACAAUCCAAUACUCUUAUGACUUUGUUACCUUAGAUCAUUUAUUCUGUUUAUCACUUGAACCCUGUUGGCACAACAAUCGUAAUUGAAGCGCAGCUUUUUUGUAUUACUCUUAUUUAUUCAUAUUUAAGCAUUGGAUGCCAAAGGUUUAAUCCUGUCGUCAGUCUUUAUAAAUGAAGGACUAUGUACAUUUGUACUGUAUGUAACUUAACUUUUGUGUCCCAGGUCUACACUUUGUUACUGAAACCUUAAUUUUAUAUGACUUUUUUUCAUAAUGACGCCACAUAAGUGUGUAAGUUUUAUUUUUAUUUUUUAAAGGGAGUCUCUUGUUUCUGACUUGCUAUUCAAAAUGUUAUGGUGACUAUCUGUUGCCUAGAUACCCACAUCAUCACGUCUUUCAGCGGAACUCAAAGAGUCACAGAACGAUGGCAGCUUACAAACUGUCACGUUGCUAGGACGAUGGCAGUUGACACCUUCACGUUGCGUCUACAAAUCCACCUUGUUCACCAUGAAUGGCUUUUAAAGCCCCAUUACGUUUUUCUACUGCUCACGCACCAUCAAUAAACAGGCGGGGCUCCGUCCCCAGCAAUGUG